AUUUAAGUAGUUACACACAUUUUGGUUGUGACUUGGUCUCUCUCUCGUUGUUGAAGCACAGAACACAUUCCCCCCCCCCCCCCCCCCUCUCUCUCUCUCUAAAUAGUAAUAUAAUCACAUCGUUCACAUCGAAAAGCUUCUCUUGUUCUUCUUCUUGCUCCGCCACCUCUAAUCGCAAAACCCAUCUCAGAUAACAAUGGAAGCAAUCCAAUCUCUAUCAUUUCGUCCAUCUCCACUCGACCCUCUUCGAAAAAAUAUCCCCCAAUUCACCAAUGUGAGGCCAUUGGGUGCUAAAAGAGUGCCCUUUAUUAUAUCAGCUUCUGCAUCCACUGUUUCUGCUCCCAAAAGAGAGAAAGACCCUAAGAAAAGGGUUGUUAUAACUGGGACGGGUCUUGUUUCUGUGUUUGGGAAUGAUGUCGAUACUUACUAUGACAGACUUUUGGCUGGUGAAAGUGGGAUUUCGCUUAUUGAUCGUUUUGAUGCUUCUAAGUUUCCUACGAGAUUUGGGGGACAAAUUCGUGGGUUUAAAUCUGAAGGGUAUAUUGAUGGAAAGAAUGAUAGGAGGCUUGAUGAUUGUCUAAGGUAUGCCAUUGUUGCUGGCAAGAAAGCUUUGGAAAAUGCAGAUCUUGGUGGUGAUAGAUUAGAAAAGAUUGAUAAGGAGCGAGCAGGUGUUCUUGUAGGAACAGGAAUGGGUGGUCUUACGGUUUUCUCAGAUGGCGUCCAAAACCUAAUCGAAAAGGGUCACAGGAAAAUUACUCCAUUUUUUAUACCAUAUGCUAUAACAAACAUGGGUUCUGCUUUGCUUGGUAUUGAUCUUGGUUUUAUGGGACCAAACUACUCAAUCUCAACAGCUUGUGCUACCUCCAAUUAUUGUUUUUAUGCUGCCGCAAAUCACAUCCGCAGAGGUGAAGCUGAUUUGAUGCUUGCUGGUGGAACUGAAGCUGCCAUAAUACCUAUUGGUUUAGGAGGUUUUGUGGCAUGCAGAGCUUUGUCUCAAAGGAAUGAUGAUCCACAAACUGCUUCCAGGCCAUGGGACAAAGAAAGAGAUGGAUUUGUUAUGGGCGAGGGGGCUGGAGUCUUGGUGAUGGAAAGUUUGGAGCAUGCAAUGAAACGGGGAGCGCCAAUAAUUGCAGAGUAUUUGGGUGGUGCAGUUAAUUGUGAUGCUUAUCACAUGACUGACCCCCGAGCCGAUGGUCUUGGUGUUUCUUCAUGUAUUCUUAGCAGCCUUGAAGAUGCUGGAGUGUCACCAGAAGAGGUCAACUACAUUAAUGCUCAUGCAACUUCCACCAUUGUUGGUGAUCUAGCCGAGAUAAAUGCUGUUAAGAAGGUUUUCAAGAACACCUCAGGAAUCAAAAUGAAUGCAACCAAGUCUAUGAUAGGGCAUUGCCUCGGUGCUGCUGGUGGUCUGGAAGCUAUCGCAACAAUUAAAGCUAUUACAACCGGCUGGGUGCAUCCUUCAAUUAACCAAUUCAAUCCUGAGCCUUCAGUGGAGUUUGAUACUGUUCCAAACAAAAAACAGCAGCAUGAAGUGAAUGUUGCAAUCUCAAAUUCCUUUGGUUUUGGUGGUCACAACUCUGUCGUCGCCUUUUCUGCAUUCAAGCCUUAAUUCAGCUCAGUUUAGCUAGAGCAAUCUUCUGGCAUAAUAUAGGGAAUUACUGUGAUACAGUGGCUGUUUCAUCUCCGUGUAGGCAACUUUCUCGGCUCGAUGAGAUACGAACAAUUUUCAAUUCUUUUAUGUACUAAUAAUUUUUAGCUUGUAGUUCAUAGCAAUGAACAUUUUUACUUUUCACAUGUGAUUUCCCUCCUUAAAUUAGCUUGGACCUUGACAGUUUGGUUAGACAACAACGCCAUCAAUUUUGAAUUAUGCAAGAGAUUUGAACGA